CUGUUUCUUGCCGUACAUGGCCAAUUCUAAAUAUUAGGGUUUGGUACUUUUUUUUGGAUCUUGGUCCGUCUCUCCAGUUUUAUGUUUGUGCUGGACUUGUCCUGUCAUAGCUUUCUUCAGGAGUUAUUUUAGUGGGCGUGAAAGCGAAGUUGUUGCUUUAUCGAAUUGACGAAGUAUCCCUGAUCCUCAACGGAUUUAAGAAGAGAGAAAUACGUGCACCGAAUUUUGAACAAGCCCUGACCUAAUGGAUUGUCCCCAAACGCUAUCUGCUGUUCUGUUCUGACCUAACCAUCAAACUAAGUCGGAUCUCUUUUUGUUGCCUGUGGUUUGAGUCUACCCUCUCUCUCAGAUUCGAGAGAGAUCGACACUGUUAUUUGACUUUUCUCUCUCUCUGCGGACUGCUCUUAACCGAACUCCCCGCGAUCGCUUCCAAAUGGUCAGGGGCUCAGACAGCGGGUCAAUUUGAUGAGAGACGGAGAUAUUUUCCCCACCGUCUUGAAAUACAGUUUCUUUAAUACGCGCCAUGGCUUCGGUGUAUCAGAGAUUCUCUGGGAAGAUUAACACCAACACCUCCUUUCCUGCACCGCCCGAGGCCAGUCACUUACUAGGCGGACCCGGCAAAGAGGAGGAGAACGCGGGAAAGACUCCAACACCGUGUCAGGACCCUCGAUCUCGUGUCCUCCAUCACCAAAGGAGUCAAUGCAAUGACGAGGAUGAGCUGGUAGGGAGUAACCCUCCGCAGAGGAACUGGAAGGGAAUAGCGAUUGCCCUGCUGGUCAUUUUGGUCAUCUGCUCCCUCAUCGUCACGUCAGUCAUCCUGCUGACCCCAGGUGAUGAUGACAGCCUGGCCUCUAAGGGGAAGGUGACGGUGAAGGACAUCUUCGGGGAGGACUUCAGGGUUCACGACCCCCAAGCCAAAUGGAUGAGCAGUAAUGAGCUGCUGUACCGCACGCGUGAGGGAGACGUGGUGCGGCUCAACGUGGAGACCAUGGAGCGGACGGUGCUGGUGCCCAAUAAAAUAUUUACGCUGUACCAGGCCAGUAAAUACGAGCUGUCCCCAGACCUGCGCUAUGUGCUGCUGGCCUACAAUGUUGUGCCGAUAUACCAGCACUCCUUCAUCGCGUCCUACAUCAUAUGCAGCUUGGAGACGCCGGAGACAUGGGACCUCAACCCUCCAGAGGUGCGCAAUGCAAAGCUGCAGUAUGCAGGCUGGGGGCCGCAGGGUCAGCAACUGAUUUUCAUAUUUGAGAACAACAUCUACUACCGGGCCACAGUGGAGAAGCGAUCGAUCCGUCUGGUGUCCAGCGGCAAAGAGGGUGUCAUCUUCAACGGCCUCAGCGAUUGGCUGUACGAAGAGGAGAUUUUCCAGUCCCACAUUGCCCACUGGUGGUCCCCCGAUGGAGCCAGGCUGGCCUACGCCACCAUCAAUGACACACUGGUGCCCAAGAUGGAGCUGCCCAUGUUCACAGGCUCCUUGUACCCUACAGGCAGAGAGUACCACUACCCUAAGGCUGGUGAGGAGAACCCGGUCAUCUACUUGUACGUGGUGAACCUCAAUGGACCGCUGCAUACCAUAGAGAUGCGCCGACCAGAGGACCAAAGGAUAGGGGAGUACUACAUCACUAUGGUGAAGUGGGCCACUAGUACCAAGCUGGCAGUGAACUGGCUGAACCGAGCUCAGAACAUCUCCAUUCUUACCUUGUGUGAGGCCACCACGGGUGUAUGCACCAAGAAACAUGAGGAUGAAAGUGUGGGCUGGCUUCACAGACAGAACGAGGCUCCCGUCUUCUCCAGGGAUGGCCUCAAGCUCUUCUUCAUCAGAGCCCUUCCUCUGGGGGGCAGCGGACGCUUCUUUCACAUCUCCAUGUCCAUCUCACAGCCCAACACCAGCACAGACUCCCUGCAGACGGUCACGUCAGGGAAGUGGGACGUGACCCAGGUGCUGGCCUUCAGUGAAGACACCCAGCAGAUAUACUUUGUGAGCACGGAGGAUGACCCCAAGAGGAGACAUCUCUACAGUGCGGAUAUUGUGGGCACGUUCAACAGGCGCUGUGUCUCCUGUGACUUCAAUGACAGCUGUGGCUAUGUCAGUGCCACCUUCAGUCACAACACCAGCUACUUCCUCCUCCACUGCCAUGGUCCUGGGGUUCCAUCUGCAAGAGUAUACAGCACCCUGGAUAAAAAGAAAGUGUACGACCUUGAAACGAACCAGGAACUGCAGAACAAGUUGGACUCCAUGCAGAUGCCCAAGGUGGAGUACAGGGAAGUGGAGAUCGAAGGCUACACCCUGACAAUGCAGAUUGUCAAACCUGCUGGCUUUGCAAUCACAGGCCAUUACCCGCUGCUCCUGUUUGUGGAUGGUACGCCGGGCGGCCAGGUGGUGUCGGAGCGCUUCCAGGUGGACUGGACCACCGCGCUGGUCAGCAGUUUCGGCGCCCUUGUGCUCCGCUUCGACGGACGCGGCAGUGGCUUCCACGGGACAGAUCUGCUGCAUAAGGUCCACCACAGACUGGGCCUGUACGAAGAGAAAGACCAGCUCCAGGCUCUCAGCAUAUUAUCAAAGGAGCCGUACAUAGACAACACCAGGAUUGGAGUAUUUGGACAGGUGUAUGGGGGAUACAUCACCAGUCUCCUUCUCAGUUCAGAGAUGUCACCGCUGAAGUGUGGAGCAGCUCUAUCACCCAUCACUGACUUUGAGUUAUAUGCCUCUGCUUUCUCGGAGAGGUACCUGGGCUCACCCAAGCCUGACAGGAGAGCCUAUGAGAUGGCUAGUCUGACGGAGCGGCCCAGCUCAUACAGACCGUCCCUGUUCAUCGAUAAAACGUUCCUCAUCGUUCACCCCACAGCAGACGAAAAAGUCCACUUCCAGCACACAGCCAGAUUCAUCUCCCGGCUUAUAAAUGAGAAGGCAAACUACAGUCUACAGAUCUACCCAGACGAAGGCCACUACAUCCACAACGAGGCCACACGGCAACACCUUAGCCAGUCGCUCGUGAACUUCUUCGAGGAGUGCUUCCGGCUACCUGAGAAGCUCUUCGAGGAGGAGGAGGAGCUGGAGGAGGAGAGCGAGGAGGAGGGUUAGUCUGCUGCCGCUGACCUCCCAUCUAUGACCUCUGACCACCCCACCCCUCCACUCCCCUCCCUCCCUACCUCCCCAUCCAAACCCAAGCACAAGAGCCAGCCCGCCAGUUAUAUGUAUUAUGCAACGCCACUGGAUCUUCAAGUCUCAUCCUUGUUCUUUUGGAAUUGACACCUUGUCCACUUUGAUUUUCACCCACUCUUAUCUCCACACUCACUGAAAUGACACCUGAAGCUGCCCCUGACACCGCCCCCACCCCCCCCACCACCACCUCGCUUCUACAGUUGCUACAGUCACGGCACCCCGAUCCUCCAUGUUGUUCUACCCCCAGCUCAUUCCUCAGUGAAUAACUAGCGGCUUCCUAUGACGGCAGUGGCAGCAGCAUCAUCUCUCCUUCCCCUUUCCUUGGAAACGAUCUAAACUCAAGACAAUGGCCACCUUGGUUAGGUGAGGUGUGGCAUCUGGCUGGGUCACAACAGGCAGCUUUACAGCCCAGCGGAAGGAAAGCUUGCCCCUUUUUUUUUCGGGGAAAAAUGGGGCAGUCUCUGAACAGGUUCCAGCUCCGAUGAACAUAUCCACCUUUGCCCCCUCCCCAACCAGACACUGUUGGAGGAUCUUCUGGGUCUGACUCGCCCACCAGAGCGCGCCCACGGACAGCAGGGAACAAAGGACUUCAUAGCAAAUGGAGUUUCCAUACGGAAUGUUCCGAUUCGGAGAAGGGUUACAGAGAUAUCAAGAAACUCAAGAUAUUUGUAGAAAUCACAAUGGUGCAAUUGCAUAACCCCAAGGGAUGGAAUGUGGAGUAUUUGUUGGAACAAGAUGAUUGGUAAAGAUCUGGGGAGGAGUAACAGGUUGUCACUGAGAAACUGAUGGUGUUGGAGAAGUGGUUGCAGGCUGAAAUGGUUUGCCUGAGAAUUUAGGAGACUGUACAUUCUUCGUUGUUGAUUAAUGUUGAUUUUUUUGUGGAGGGUUUGUAUGGUUGAAGGCGAAUCUAGAAGUAAUGGCUUUUUGGGAGAAAGUCAGAUUAAUACUCCUGGCAAAUUGUGAUAUAUAGAGGUAGAUAUGUUUGUUUUGGUAAUCAAACAGAGAGAUAUGUAUAAAGGGAUAAUUGUAUUGACUGAUUGGAAUGAUUUAUUGCAGAGGUCAGGGAGGGGUUCUUUUGGAGAAGAAUUGAACCCGUUUUAGCAGCAAAUUUUGAACGGUUUGAGAAAAUUUCAGGAACAGGCAUUGGAAAGGAUUUUGUGCAGAAUGUGUAUGUGUGUGUAUCACCUACAAUAUUAACCCAACAUCAUGAGGACCUUUACGUAUUUGACUGUGCUUGUGUCUGUGGUUCCUACAUUAAGAUACACAUGGGAGACACACAUGGGUGGUCGUUAAGCUGUUUUUCUGUGCUCAACUUUGUCUCAAUCUUGGAAACAUUUUUGUGUAGCCUCAAGUGUGUAUUUUAAAAGCUGUUGAUUCAUGUGUAUGUGUAAGUGAAUCGGGGGGGGAAGGGUCACCGAAACACGUAAAAGGAAAACAAUGAAAAAAGGGAAGUGAUGUCAGAAAAGUGUGUUACCGAACCACACAGACCAUGACGGUUCCAGACGACUGUUGUUCUGGUUUCAUUUUUGUUUAUAAUAGUGGAUUGUUUUGUUUUGUCUGGUUUGGUAUUAAUUCAGUGCUCCAGGAAAAGAAGCAUUCUUUAAACUAGUUUUAGUCACUGUGCCUUACUUCAUAUCUAAAGAGUACCGCACUGAAUAACUCCUUUUAAAAUAUUCAUUUAGGAUGCAAGAUAUGACCACAACCUAUGGAGGGAAAACAAGACUAGAUUUAUUAACCAGCUCGAGGAAUACCCUAUGUUGUCACAAACAUGUAGUUACGCAUUAUGAUAAACAAAAAAUACUCUCAUAGGUCUACACACUAUAUUGUCUCCAUUCACCAAAAUUGUCAUAGAUGCAUGUUCAACAAUCGUGUUAUUUAAAAAAGAUACUGAUAACUUGUGCCAUGCCAGUGACCAUAUCAGGUGUGUUUUAACGGGUUCCAGUGGUUUCCUGAAGUGUGGCUUCAGAUUCUUUUCUUUUGUCAUUUAACCUUACCUCAAGUUUUCCAUCCAGACAGACAAAUGUGUGAGUACAAGACACUUUAGAAAUGUUGUUUUGACAAGUCCAAAAAAAAAAACUACAUGAUUUUGAAAGGGAUUUUAAUGUCUACCACUGUGCAGAAGUCGGAAAUUAUAUACUUUGAUGCUGAGAGGGAGAAAGAACAUCAAAGUCAUCAGAGGAUAGAUCAUUUUUGGUCAAAUGAAUGCUUCAUUCUCUGUGUCUCAUAUUUUUUAAAGAUUUAUUUGAUCUAUUUAUAUAAAAUAUCAAUCAUUCAGUAUUUGAAUAAAUCAAUUCUGAUAAGUAUACGUUUACAUGGAUGAUGUUUAUUAUUAUUAUUAUUAUUUAUUUUCAGGGCCAUGUAUUCAGAUACUACAAAAGUAAUGUAUGGGGUCCACAAGGCAUAGGCACUUACAUCUACAGUACUGGUCAUUUAUGUACACUUGUUUCGGUUGUGUAUUCUUGAUACAGUACAUUACCGGCCAAUCCCUCAGAAUCACAAAUACCACUGACCAUCUGAAACUUUUACACAAAACUGUAUGAUGUACAAAGAGUUUGCUAUUGUAACUUUCCAUUGUGUGAACGCUGUUGAGGCACAUGUUCUUUUGUUCUUUUUUUCAUUUAUGGAUCUCUUUGAAUGCUGUUGCGGUCAUUGUGCAUGUUGGCAGACCAUUUGCGACCAGAAAACUAGAAAUAGUAGCAUUCCUGCAUAGUAUUAUUUGACCGCUUGAAUGUCCCCUCACAGAUUGGCACUUCAUCUUUGGUAGUAUUGUGGUUGAGAGCGCAGAGUCUCGUCCUGGCUUGAUGUAUAAAUGUGACUCCAAUAUCAUUUUAGUCUCUUAAUACCUGAGUGUUACCUGUACAUAAAGCAUUUUGAACAUUAUAAUAUUUUUGUUCUCCUGUUUCGUGGGUAUCUGGGGGCAAUGAAGUCAGCCAUGUUUGUUAUGAACUUUACUAUGCUGGAAGAUGAAAAAUAAAAUCCACGGGACCAUUACCAGAGAUGGAGGCAUAUUGGUUUAAUUCUAAGAAACAAAGGGACUUUUAUUUGGUUAAAGAAACCUUUACAUGUUACAAACAAGAGGAAGUGUGGUAUUGAGGAAAAUGUCCAAAUAAAGGUUAUUUUAUCAUCCUAAA